UUAGGCUUAACGCAAUGUUAAAUUAACCUUCAUGUCAAAGUUUAUUAAAAUAUAAAAACUCUUUAAAUAACUAUCAAACAAACCACAACAUUAACAUGAGCAUAAAAAAUAUUAAGCUGUUCCUUGGCUGUAUGUAUGCAAAUAAAGUGUAAGUGAAUCUGAUAUAAACCUGUCUGUGGAAUCAGGGUGGGGCUGUAUGAAGUGAAAUCGCCUGGUUCUGUCUGUCAUUUUGGGCCCAGUUUAAACAUCGGCUCUGACACAGUAGAGUUCAUUCAGCUCAGACUGUGACUCUGCUCUCACCACCAGAAGGCAGUAGGACAGGAUGAAGUGUGUUUGCUUUUGGGGGAUAUUUCUCAUCUGUUGCUCUCUCAGUCAGUUUGGCAGUGCCAGAGUAAUUCCAGAAGACGUUCCCUAUGAGGAGCCAGCAGCGGUGCCCUACUGGCCCUACUCCACCACGGACUUCUGGAGAUACGUGGAGCAUUUUCGCAGCCUGGGGGCCUACAACCAAAUAAAUGAGAUGGCGAGGGCUUUCUUCGCCCACCAGCAUUUUGGAGAUACCCUCGGCUACGGAGUUCGUGAAGGGCACGAACAUUAGAAUAACAUGGAAUGAAGCUCUCUAGAUGCUAACGUUAACAUUAGUUCACAAAAUAUAAAUGCUUAGUUAUUAGUUGAUGUGCAUAGUGCUAGAAAUGAGCCAAAAUUAAAUAUAAUCCUGUAUUCAUUUUAAGCAGUUAAUCGAGUAAGGUCAUUUUAGUAUGUGUGCUCGCCUAGAAUAAAUUUCAAAAUAAUUCAAGAA